AUGGCUUCUCUAUCUCUGCCUCCACCUGGUUUUGACGUCGGUAUUGACCGGUUUUCCAGCCUUCCUGUCGAGCUUCUCAUUUGCAUUUCCUCUUACUUGACCAAUCGCGAUCUCAAGUCUCUACGCUUGGCAUGUAGACUCUUGGCUCAAGUCGCUCAUAUCCGUGUGAAUCGUGUUUUUCUCUCCGCCAACCCAUGCAACAUCAGAGUCUUCCGCACAAUCGCAGACGACGAAGAGUUCCGGCAUCAUGUCACCGAGAUCGUAUGGGAUGAUGCUCGUUUUAUCGAGGGCCCAAAGCCGCAUCCCCACCCCACAGGGGAGAUUGAUGAGGCAGACAUAGACCCUGACCAAGGAUGCCCCUACUGGUUUGUCGCGGCAUGUAAAGAGAACAUACAUGACCGAAAUGUGCGGAAGACCUACGACAUAGUGCGGCCAGAUGACGUCGCACGGGGAAAACAAGUUAUUACGCAACUAUCGCUGAAAAGCUGCUGGCAAUUUUACCAGAAUUUGCUCCAGCAGCAGAAAGACGUUCUUUUCUCAAACAGCGAUGUAGACGCGUUUAUCUACGGAAUCGGGCGAUUCCCAAAAUUGAAACGAAUCACCAUCACUCCCGCAGCGCACGGGUGGAUCCAUGCCCCAUUAUAUGAUACCCCUAUGAUUAAGUCCUUUCCGUGUGGAUUUAACUACCCGAUUCCACGGGGAUGGCCGACGUCGAGAGAUUCGCAGAUUCCGCUACACGCCCAUCCAUGGAGAGAAGCCACUGAGGACCGGAAGAACCAAUGGCGUGCAUUCCGAAACGUGGUAUCUGUGCUCGCAAAAAAUAAGCUCUAUGUCCCAGAAUUGGUUCUUGCUGUCAAUCAGCUUCCGACUGGGCUUAACUGUACUAUCUUUGAUCAGCCAUGCGAGGAAUACGACAACCUCCUUACAAUACUGCGGAGCCCUGGAUUUUGUCGUCUAGAUCUUCCACUUCUUGUGGGUGGGCAAGAGCACGAAGACUGGCUCUCAUUCCGGAGCGGUUAUCUUAAGCACGCUUUGUCCGAGGCAAAGAAUAUGAAGUACUUCAGUCUUAGAACAACAGUUGACACCGAUGCCAUACGUGACAUCUCGGGCAAUCCCACCCACUUCAUCCCACUAAAGACUAUCCUCCCUGUGGAGGAGUGGCCAGAACUCCGUUCCUUCAGAUUAUCGGGUUUCCUAGUGAAGCAGGGUGACAUGAUAAAUUUCCUCGCUGGACUGCCGAAGACCACAUGUGUUAUCGAAUUGAGUUUCCUUGAAUUCCUUGAUGGUUGCUGGCAUGGUCUGCUCACUGAAAUACGUGACACAUUAUGUUGGGACCAGCGAGACAAGGAAUCAAGGCCCAAACUCAUUAUUGGUAUAGCGGACUCGAUGCGCAGGGCAGGAUUUGGCAUCUGGCUCGACAACGAGGUGCAAGACUUUAUUUAUGGAGAUGGACCGAACCCUUUUUAUCCCAACUAUGGCGACUACCUAGGAGCAGGAAGAGUGGGAACCUGCCGGGAUACAUUUGAGCCGGGGCGUCCGCGGCGUAAUGUGGAUCGUUUUACUAUAGCUCGGAUGGGGUACUUCAUGGCAGAGCCGUUCGCUGACAUGUUGUAG